AUGAGUAUUCAAAUUUGUAAUUCCCCGUUCCAUACAAGGUUCACGCUUCAACCUCGCGCCCAAAUCGCCGCGAGGUCUAGACUAAUCUUCGCUCGUGCGGAGAACGAUUCUUCAGGAUCAAAGACUUCUGAUCAGCAACAGCUCAAUCUCUCCGUUCUUCGCUUCACUUUCGGGAUUCCUGGGUUUGACGAAUCCUAUCUACCGAGAUGGAUCGGGUACGGGUUUGGAUCGCUUCUUCUUCUGAACCAUUUAUCAGCUUCGGGUCCAACCAGCGAAUCUCAGCUGAGAUCAGAGGCUUUAGGGUUAUCACUUGCUGCAUUUUCCGUAGCUUUACCUUACAUUGGAAAAUUCCUCAAGGGUUCUGUAGCGGAGGAGAGAACUCUUCCUGCAGAUGGAGAUCAGGUUUUUGUGAUAUCAUCAGAUAUUGGAGACUCUUUGAAGGAGGAUUUAGCAUGGGCAACAUAUGUUUUGUUGAGGAAUACAAGUACCGUAGCUGUGAUGAUAUCGGUUCAAGGUGAGCUUUGUGUUCGUGGGUACUGGAAUAGUCCUGCUCAAAUGUCAAAGUCUCAACUACAUGAUUGGUUCAAGAGGAAAGUAGAUGGAAUCGGCCUGGCUGAUGUUAAAGAGACCCUUUAUUUCCCUCAAUACGCAGGUUCUGAACUAUCUUGGGAUGUUCUUCCUGAUGGGACGCGUUCUCUUUUUGUGCUACCUCUCGUACAGAACACAAAUGAAUCGCAGAAAACGGACGGGUAUUUGAUGGUGGCUUCUACUGCUGGAUAUGCAUAUAGCGAUAAAGAUAGAGCCUGGAUUGGAGCCAUUGCUGAGAAAUUCAGAGGUUAG